AUGACGCAGCUUCCCCUACACCAUGCGCUGGACCAGGCAGACUUGGCCGUCACCGUUACGCCCGGCCUCCUGCACGAGACAAUUACCCAUUUGAUUGUCCAGGUCGUGUUGAAAAAACCUGCCCUGGACUCUGGCGAUGUCUUGGUGCAGCUGCCUCUUGAGCUAGCUAAGAUUCCCACCGCCAGAUAUGAUGGCAAUGCCAUUAAAGCUUUUGAUCAGUCUGGCCUCCUUGAGUUGGAAAAGUCUGACGACCCGGAAGGCCCGCCCAUCAUUUGGCGGAGAUGGAUCACUACGAGGCCGACGCAUGGCAAUGUGACCGUUUUGGCGACACCUUUGCCCAGGGUUGUCGGGCUGGACACCAAGACUGGCCCGGCCCUUGACUUACGCGCUGACAACAACGGCAUCAUUGGCACCGGCUACGCCUUCCUUCCCCUCCCUGCAGAUGGGGAGAACAAACUCACUAUCUCUGUUGAUUUUGACUUGCGCUACUCUCCGGUAGGGUUCCAUGGCGUCUUCACCCACUCCCCACCAGACCUGUCCACUGCACGGUUGACCGCAAAGCCAUCCACCCUCCACCAAUCGUUCUACAUGCUAGGGCGCCUUAAAUACUUGAAGGACUACGAAAAUAAUCAUGAUGCAGUGGCCUCUUCCGGAUUGGGAUACUUUAACAUAUAUUGGCAAAGCGAAUUGCCAUUCGACAUCCAAAAGGUGGCGAAAGAGACGAAGCAGAUUUUCGAGUAUAUGUGUGAGUUUUUCCAGUGUCCUGGAGAGUCAUAUCGCAUCUUCUUUCGAGAGGACCCCUACUACGUUGUCCGCAGUGGCCUCGCCCAACCCGGAGGCUUCCUCAUCUCCUUUGGCCUUUUGCUGAAGCGAGCUGGCUGGGCCCUCGACUCUUUCACCACGCUAUUCGCUCACGAGAUGACGCACAACUUUGCGAAUCUUGCCGAGGGUGAGGAUAUUGCCAAUGGCGCGCAGUGGUAUGCCGAGGGUUUGGCAGAGUAUUACUCCAUCUUCGCACGCCACCGGCUAGGCUUGCUCGAUGAGCACGGCGUUGUCGACGAGAUGAACUACCGAGCCCAAGCGUACUACACUAGUCCCUUGGCAACAUUAUCGAAUGAGGAGGUGAACAAGCUUACGUGGAAGACGCAAAACGCUCAGCGCUUGCCGUACUCACGUGGUCUCGUCUUCUGGAUUCGCCUGGAUGCACUCAUCCGCGAAGCUUCUGGCGGGCAUCGCGGCGUCGACGAGUUGGUCGUGGAGAUGGUGCAGCUUUUCAAAACGCGUGGAAAGUCUCCAACCCUUGCCGAGUUCCUCGAGCGACUGGACCAGGAUCUCGGUCCUGUAGCUCGCCAGGAAUAUGAGCACCAUAAUUCCGGCAAGCUGAUUAUCCCCCCCGAGCACAGUCUGAUACCUGGAGCUGUUGCCGUCCGUGUUGACAUGGAGCCUUUCGACCUUGGUUUUGACGAGGAUAGUGUGUUACAAGGGCCUAGAAUCGUGAGAGGCCUACGAUCGGACUCGAGGGCUGCAAAGGCUGGAAUCCUGGAUGGAGAUCUCCUCACGUCCUGGGUAGAUCUAAAUCACUGCAAAGAUCACCUUGAGGCUAAAAUGGAACUGAGAAUAGAAAGAAAGGCUGCAGAUUCAGAGGUGCCUCAGGAGCUUGACAUCACGUUCUGGCCCAGAGCGUACGCAAAGGUCGAGGGCUGGGGUUGGAAGUUGGUUAAUGCAAAGGACUGA